CUAAUAUAAGCGCGGUAUUUCGCGGGUAUUCCUUGUGGUGACUCAAACGUGAAAUUACUAUAGUCACAGCACUGUUAAAUUCGACUGCUACGAAAUGGCGCAGAACAUCUUCCAUACCAACUACCCAUGGACGAGUCCAAAUGCCCCUUUCGUGGUUUCAGCGCCCAUGAUGAAGAUCACACUCGGCCGCCAUGCCGUCUCAGUCUCCGCAAGCGGCGGCAUGGGAUUUCUUGCCGGAGGCUUUGACUUGACUCCUUUAGCAAAGGACCUUGCAGAAGCAGCCGAGUUUACCGAAUCUGAGAACAUCCCUCUUCACGAUGGCAUGCUACCCAUUGGCGUUGGUUUCCAAAAUUGGGGAAGCGACUUGCAACUCGCCCUUGAAGCUAUCAAGAAACAUCCUGUUGCUGCUGUAUGGUUCUUUGCGCCAAAGCAACUAAGUGAUCUGCUCGAAUGGGCGCAAGAAAUCCGAGCAGCCACCAAAAACAAGACAAAAAUCUGGGUGCAAAUAGGGACUGUGGCCGAAGCCAUGGAGGUAGCGAAGACGACAAAACCGGACGUGCUGGUUGUGCAGGGUGCGGACUCUGGUGGCCAUGGCCUCGCGCAGCGAGCUAGUCUUAUGACUUUGCUCCCGGAAGUUGUUGAUGCUCUCGCUGAGGAGCGCAUCGACAUUCCUAUCAUUGCGGCGGGAGGCAUCAUGGACGGGCGAGGCGCUGCAGCUGCGUUGGCACUUGGAGCGCAUGGCGUGGCUCUUGGGACGAGGUUCCUAGCGGCUCGUGAGGCUGUAAUUGCCAAGGGCUAUCAAGACGAAGUAUUGAGAGUCACAGAUGGUGGAGUUAGUACUGUCUCGUCCACGGUAUACGACGUAGUGCGAGGCAUUCAUGGGUGGCCGCAAGCAUAUAACGGCCGAGGGGUGGUCAACAGAACGUACCAAGAUGCUAAACAUGGGAUGAGCACCGAGGAAAACGUUGAGCUUUACAAGCAAGCAAUGCAGCAAGGAGAUUCUGGCUGGGGACCCGAGGGCCGAAUGACGACUUAUGCAGGCACAGGUAUAGGCCUAGUCAGGGAGGUCAUGGCUGCAAGUGAAAUUGUGAGAAGCGUCCAGCAAGAAACUGUCCAGGUGCUCAAGAAGUCAGCAGCAAGGUAUUCCAGCUGAACUGGAGUAGCUUUGUGACACCGCAAGUGCGGAUAAUCAUCAUCCCUCUGAAUUGUAUACUGAAUCUCUG